GCGCGAGGGUGAAACUCUCAUAACAACAAGAGGGGGUGGAGGUGGAUGAGGAGGGAAAGGAGGAGGAGGAGGGAGGGAGGUCGAUGACAAGCUCCAGCUGCGAGGGAGAGAUUUUUGUACAGGUGUCCCCCCACCCCCACCUCCUUUUUACUUGACACCUCGGAGAUGGUUUUCUAACGGUGUCGACGAGGAAUCAAAGCUGAUAAAAUAAUAAAGGCUUGAUCCGCACCGAAAUCCGGGAAAAGAGCAGCGGCGGAGAAGAUGCUGCUGCUGAUGAUGAUGAUGGUGAUGAUGGGAGACCCCCGCUGGGUGAAGACACGCAGCCUCGGCUGAGCCGCCGCCGACAUGGAGCUCAGMGAGCGCCGAGGAGGGAGCUCCAUCAUCAGCCAAAUGAUCGCCUCGCUGAUCAUCUGCAGGUAUUAGAGCAACGAUUACAGCUAAAAACGAGUCCGCGAKAUUUUGUCGACGCCGGCGGCUCGAGCGGUGGCGCCUGCUGUCGCCAAAUUCAUUUUCUCUCACCCCCGCCUCCUCCACCCCUCCAUCCUGUGGAUGUCGGCUGCGCACAGAGAGGGCCUGCUCGCUGGGUGAAGCCUUCAGGGAUUAAUUACUGAUCACCAUGAACAGCGAAAUGGUUUCAGCUUCUGGUGGAUUAAAUUUCGCAUGUUACGGAUGGUGUGUCAGGUUGGAUGAAGUGUUUUUAAAAGCCGAUGCCAGAUGUUGAGCUUUUGCACCUGGAAUCCGGUGACAGAGGAAUACAGCAGAUUGAAAAGCAAAUGGGUGGGCUUUCUCUCCUCAUCAAAAUGGGACUAACCUGACUUUGUGUCGACGCCCUGCUGGGUUCUACAAUGUCAAAUUCGCAGGCACCUGGUAUGGGCACAAAUGUCACUGGUGUUCCUCUGGAGCACAGCUCUAAUCUGGACCCGGACUGGUCCUCCACUGCGGACAGCGUGGUGAAGGUGGCGCUAAUAUCCCUGAUUGUGUGCCUGUCCCUGUUUGGGAACGUGGUCGUGCUGCUGGUGUUCCAAAGGAAGCCUCAGCUCCUCCACGUCGCCAACCGGUUUGUCCUCAACCUCCUCUUGGCCGACCUUCUCCAGACCGUGUUAGUCAUGCCCUUUGCCAUAGCAGCUGCCGUGCCCGGUGUGUGGCCCCUGGAUGCUCGACUGUGCCAGGCUCUGGUGGUGCCCAUGCACCUCUUYGCAUUCGUCGGGGUCAACACCAUCAUCGUCGUCUCAGUGGAUCGCUACCUGGCCAUCAUCCACCCUCUGUCCUAUCCAACCAGAAUGACUCCCCACCUGGGCACCAACCUGAUAGUCUUCACCUGGGUGCUGGGUUUCCUGCAGAGCACGCCUCCGCUUUAUGGCUGGGGAGUGAUUGACUUUGACCGCCGUCAGAGGGUCUGCACAGUCGUGUGGUCCUCCAGUUUGUCCUACUCCGCCGUGGUGUCCACCUUUUCCUUCUGGCUGCCCGUKCUCGUCAUGCUCGGAUGUUACUGGAUGGUGUUCAGAGCAGCCCGGAGGCAGAAUGCUCUAGUGCAUCCCAUUCAGACACAAUCCUACUCCCAGCCCAACCCGCAGGACUUCCAGGGGCCUGUCAGUCCGCAGGAGCGCCAGCAGAUCAGUUUGCCCGAGGGUCCCUAUCCAUCCAGGCGACACCCUGUUCGAGUCAAACACAGACGUUUCCACUACCACUGCAAGGCAGCCCGUGUUGUUUUCGUGAUCAUGGCUUCGUAUAUCUUCAGCAUGGGUCCUUACAGCAUUCUGAACACUGUGUCUAUUAGUCACAGAGCAGCUGUGCCCCCUUGGUUGUCCUCCCUCGCCCUUGUCCUCUUCUUCUUACAGUGCUGCCUGCACCCAUACAUUUACGGAUACAUGCAUCGCAGCGUGAGGAAGGAAUUCGUGGCUUUGCUCUACGGGAUGCUCUGCAAGCAGGGUCGUCCCCGCCAGAGCUCGGCCGUGGAGAGCUGCUUCACCACGACGGAGGGUCGAGCCGGCGCUCACCCUCACCUGCCCAGUCUGACCGCCCGGGUCUUCCCUCUGCAGACCUGGGAGGAGUGCACAACCUCCUCCUCUCCAACGUGUGAGAGGAAGUCAAGAGACGGCCGGAAAGACACCACCUCUUCUAGCGUUGGCUCAGAAAAAGAGCUUCUUCACAGCAAGCAAAGCUCAUCAUGAGCAGCUGGAGGAAUCGUCAGACAGUAUAUCUGCUCUGACAUGGAAAGUUUGUCACAAUGCUUUUUUUUCAUAAAGACCUUCUUAAUAUUAGGACCAGUAUUUGAUCAUCGAUGUAAUAAGCUCAUGCUGGUUUGUCUUAAGUCGAAUAUAUCUUUGAAAAAAAACCUUACAUCAAUAAUAUUCACCAGAAGUAUCUGYAAGAGAUAAGCACAUAUAUUUUUAAACAUACAUUUUUAGGAGAUGUGCAGUAUGGUUUUCUUUGCAAUCCUAUCAUUACUAUUAAAAUAUCACAAAAUAUUGUAUUUGUUAUUUACAAUGGGCUUUUAAAACACUUGAUAAUUGUACUUUUCAGUCUAURUCAUACUAUGUUUGUUUCAUGCGUGGUAGAUGUCACAGGGUAUCCUUUAGUACAGUGGUUCUUAAAGUUGGAGUGAUGACCCCACUCUGGAAYAUGAAAUGCUAAUUGAGGGGGUCUUGAAAAACAUGCGUUUAAAUCCUUUUUUACAUUUAAAUCAUUCAGAUGGGGUCUAUAUAAAGUGGAACUGCAAUGCUUUGCUCUGAAUUCCUCCUUAUUGUAACUCCACAAGCCCCUCUAUCACCCCUUUUCUGUGGUGUGUCAGAUCAGCUCGUUUUGAUGCUGUUUCUAACAAGGUGCUUUACUCCCAGCCCCCCUCCAGCUUCUAGAGCGGUCCAUUCUAGUUUGAUAGCAGCGUAGAAACCUUUU